AUGAGGUACUACGGCAUUAUUCUGCUGGUGGCAGCGGGUGUGACGGUUAGUGGCAUCGCCGGCAUCUAUGUGGUGGAGAGCGGCGGCAAGAAAUCGUUCGUCCGGCUGGGGGCACACCACUGGACGGAUGGUGCGGAGUCCGAUGGGCUGUGGUCGUGCCUGCUGGAGGAGUAUACCGUCGGAUUGAACCACAGCUCCCCGAGCGCACCGAGGGAAAGUCGGGUAAUGCAAGCAACCGUCGUGGCGGCACCGGCCCCAAAGUACAUUCCCACCUCCAGUUUCUACAUCAACAAACGCAUCGGUGAGGCGCUCGAGCACGACCCACAGCAUCACACGCACCGUGUGCCGGCACCGCCGGUGGGGAAAGUCAUUGCCAGCACCGGUGCUGGUGGGCUGUACGGUGACAACCAGCUGAACGGUGCCUCGAAUCACGGUGCAACGUUCACACCGAUGCGCCAAACGUUCGGUGGCGCUAGUCCGACCGAACUGCUGGCCUCGCCGCGCGAGGUGUCCGAGACGGAUCUGUACCUGCUGGGGGCGAUCGAGAAGCUGGUGUACAGGGUGGAUUACAUGGAGAAUCGGUUGCGGCGGGCAGAACAGAUCAUUUACUUCCUGAUGGCGGGCAACAGCCAGAAACAGGAACCCUGCCCGCAGAACUUCACGCAGGUGCACGAUCGCUGCUAUCACUUCGACAUAGAGCGUGGCCUAAACUGGAAGUCCGCCAGCACGAUGUGCAAAUCGUACGGUGCACAUCUGGCCGAGUUUGAAACGGUGGCCGAAUUUCAGGACGUCGUUGCGUACAUCCUAAACAACCCGGUCAACCGUGGCAAAGACUUUUGGCUCGGUGGGCUCAACCCCGGGCUGCUGUGGAUUUGGGCAAACUCGGCCAAACCGGUUAAUCCGAACACGAACCUUAGCACGAUCACCACCGCAUCGAAGCCGGGGAAAGGAACGGCACCACCGAAGCCGACUACCGUAGGCAACGGUACAGAUGCCGCCGGAAAUACGAAGAUUGUUAACAAUGCGGCAAACAAACAACCGACAUUGGAGAUCACCGGCAAUGGACGUUGUCUUCGGUUGAGUUACAAUUCGGCGCUGUACACGUACGGGUAUCGUGGUGAGGACUGCUCGGCACAGUAUAGCUACGUGUGCGAACUGAAGGACAAGUCGUUGGACAAUGAAAUCUCAAGGAUAGCAAAACGGCUAAAGUUAGCGGAUGACGGUUCGUAG